CACACAGCGCAUUCGAUCAGGUAUGAGGGAGUUGUCGUCGGAGGACAGAGAAGUCGUCAGUCAACUGAAAGCGCGUCUUUGGCUGGCAAUAUCACAGAUCGUGGAGGAAGAGGCCAAUGGGCUCGAUAACGGCACCAGAGUCACUGCGACUCCCAAGUUCACGGCGUCCCUGGUCGAGCUCGCGUACAACCAGGCGGUGUCGCUCGGUGAGGACCUCGAGGCCUUUGCCCGACACGCCGGUCGAAAGAACAUCACACCUGAAGAUAUGUUCAUGGUGACGCGGAAGAACGACGAUCUGACACAGCUGCUGAAGGAGUACCUCGGGACACUGGGAGAAUGACCACCAUCCAGGCAUAUGUGCUGGCUCCGUGUGGACUUAUAACCAGUAUUAUAAUGGGAUACGUGCCAUGAUACCGUACUACUUUGACAGAUUACAUAAUGCAUUACGUAAGCAAACUAACAGAAAUAUCCGAAAUAGGCAA